GGGCGGAGGAGGGGGCUGCUCAGAGCCUCUCGUCCGGCCCUCUGACGGCAUGAAGCCUUUAGGGGCACGCAGUGCUCUCAGAUUUUUGCUUCAAGCCCCUCUUCAGCUUUCAGUCUGAAGGCAGGACCCGGCAGAGGACGGAUCGAGGGUCCAGGCGGAGGGACCCACCGAGAGGGAGAGAGAGGAGGGGGCGAGAGACAGGAAGGAAGCAAACCAUCAUAUUUAAAAGAAAAAAAAAAAAGCCCUUUGACUUUUUCCACCUCUCCUCCCUGAUGGCUCUGUAGCAAACAUCCCGGACCGUACAGUGGAAGGGACGAAGUUGAUCUGGAGUCGCAAUUUCGUGGGCUGGGUUCACACUUGUGAGCUUGAGGCUCGGAGAUGGAGCUGUGGUCCUCUAGGUGGAAAACGAAACGGUGGCUCUGGGAUUUCAUCAUAACAACUCUCGCAUUGACUUUCCUCUUCCAGGCUAGAGAGGUCAGAGGAGCUGCUCCAGUUGAUGUACUAAAAGCUCUAGAUUUUCACAAAUCUCCAGAGGGAAUAUCAAAAACAACAGGAUUUUGCACAAACAGAAAAAAUUCAAAAGGUUCUGAUACUGCUUACAGAGUUUCAAAAUUAGCACAAAUUAGUGCUCCAACAAAACAGUUGUUUUCAGGAGCAACUUUUCCGGAAGAUUUUUCAAUAUUAUUUACAGUAAAACCCAAAAAAGGAAUCCAGGCCUUCCUUUUAUCUAUAUACAAUGAGCAUGGUAUUCAGCAAAUUGGUGUUGAAGUUGGGAGAUCACCUGUUUUCCUAUAUGAAGAUCACACUGGAAAACCUGCCCCUGAAGACUACCCUCUCUUCAGAACUGUUAACAUAGCAGAUGGCAAGUGGCAUCGGGUAGCAAUCAGUGUGGAAAAGAAAACUGUGACAAUGAUUGUUGACUGUAAGAAGAAAACCACAAAACCACUUGAUAGAAGUGAGAGAGCAGUUGUUGACACCGACGGAAUCAUAGUCUUUGGAGCAAGAAUUUUUGAGGAAGAAGUUUUUGAGGGAGACAUUCAGCAGCUGUUGAUCACAGGUGACCCCAAAGCUGCCUAUGACUACUGUGAGCACUACAGUCCAGACUGUGACUCCUCAGCACCCAAGGCUGCUCAGGCUCAGGAACCUCAGAUCGAUGAGAAAAAGAACUCCCAUUUCAAAAAGAAGAUGAAGACAAUGAUCACUAACUCAAAGGAAAAGUCCAAAAAGUUUACACCCCCUAAAUCUGAAAAAUUUGCAUCAAAGAAGAAGGAAAGUUAUCAAGCAACAGCAAAAGCCAAACUAGGGGUACAGGCAAAUAUUGUUGAUGACUUUCAAGAAUACAACUAUGGAACAAUGGAGAGUUACCAAACAGAAGCUCCUAGGCGUGUUUAUGGAACAAAUGAGCCAAAUCCAGUUGAAGAGGUAUUUACUGAAGAAUAUCUAACUGGAGAGGAUUAUGAUUCCCAGAGGAAAAAUUUGGAGGAUGCACUAUAUGAAAGCAAAGGAAUAGACGGCAGGGACUCUGAUCUUCUGGUAGAUGAAGAUUUAGGCGAAUAUGAUUUUUAUGAAUUUAACCAAUAUGAAGAUAAACCAACAAGUUCCACUAAUGAAGAAUUUGGUCCAGGUGUACCAGCAGAAACUGAUAUUACAGAAACAAGCAUAAAUGGCCACGGAUCAUAUGGAGAAAAGGGACAGAAAGGAGAACCAGCAGUUGUUGAACCUGGUAUGCUUGUUGAAGGACCACCAGGGCCAGCAGGACCUGUGGGUCUUAUGGGUCCCCCAGGUUUACAAGGCCCCACUGGUCCUCCUGGUGACCCUGGUGACAGGGGUCCCCCAGGACGUCCUGGCUUACCAGGGGCUGACGGUCUACCUGGUCCUCCUGGCACCAUGUUAAUGUUACCGUUCCGCUAUGGUGGUGAUGGCUCCAAAGGACCAACUAUUUCUGCUCAGGAAGCUCAGGCCCAAGCAAUUCUUCAACAGGCUCGGAUUGCUCUGAGAGGUCCACCUGGCCCAAUGGGUCUAACUGGAAGACCAGGUCCUGUGGGGGGUCCUGGCUCAACUGGUGCCAAAGGUGAGAGUGGUGAUCCAGGUCCACAGGGCCCUCGCGGUGUUCAAGGUCCACCUGGCCUAACAGGAAAACCUGGAAAACGGGGUCGACCAGGGGCUGAUGGAGGAAGAGGAAUGCCUGGAGAACCUGGGGCAAAGGGCGAUCGAGGAUUUGAUGGACUUCCAGGUCUGCCAGGUGAUAAAGGUCACAGGGGUGAACGCGGUCCCCAGGGUCUUCCUGGUCCUCCUGGUGAAGAUGGAAUGAGGGGAGAAGAUGGAGAAAUAGGACCAAGGGGUCUUCCAGGUGAAGCUGGUCCCCGAGGUCUGCUGGGACCAAGGGGAACUCCAGGACCUACAGGACAACCUGGAAUCGCAGGUGUAGAUGGUCCUCCAGGACCAAAAGGAAACAUGGGCCCUCAAGGGGAACCUGGACCUCCAGGACAGCAGGGGAAUCCAGGACCUCAAGGUCUUCCUGGCCCACAAGGUCCAAUUGGUCCUCCUGGUGAAAAAGGACCACAGGGAAAACCAGGCCUUGCAGGACUUCCUGGUGCUGAUGGGCCUCCUGGUCAUCCUGGAAAAGAAGGCCAGUCUGGAGACAAGGGUGCUCUGGGUCCUCCCGGUCCACAAGGACCUGCUGGUUAUCCUGGUCCCCGAGGAGUAAAGGGUGCAGAUGGUGUCAGAGGUCUCAAGGGAUCUAAAGGUGAAAAGGGUGAAGAUGGCUUUCCAGGAUUCAAAGGGGACAUGGGUCUAAAAGGUGAUAGAGGAGAAGUUGGCCAGUUAGGUCCUAGAGGAGAAGAUGGCCCUGAAGGCCCCAAAGGUCGAGCAGGACCAACUGGAGAUCCUGGUCCUUCUGGUCAAGCAGGGGAGAAGGGAAAACUUGGUGUUCCAGGAUUACCAGGAUAUCCAGGAAGACAAGGUCCAAAGGGGUCCACUGGAUUUCCUGGGUUUCCAGGUGCCAAUGGAGAGAAAGGUGCACGGGGAGUAGCUGGCAAACCAGGUCCUCGAGGUCAGCGUGGCCCCACGGGUCCCCGAGGUUCAAGAGGUGCAAGAGGUCCAACAGGGAAACCUGGUCCCAAGGGCACUUCAGGUGGUGAUGGCCCUCCUGGCCCUCCAGGUGAAAGAGGACCUCAAGGACCUCAGGGUCCAGUUGGAUUCCCUGGACCAAAAGGCCCACCUGGACCACCUGGGAAGGAUGGACUGCCAGGUCACCCUGGACAACGUGGAGAGACAGGCUUUCAAGGGAAAACUGGUCCUCCAGGGCCGGGUGGUGUUGUUGGACCACAGGGACCAACUGGUGAAACCGGUCCUAUAGGUGAACGAGGACAUCCUGGCCCUCCUGGACCUCCUGGAGAACAAGGUCUUCCUGGUGCUGCAGGAAAAGAGGGUGCAAAGGGUGACCCAGGCCCUCAAGGGAUCUCAGGGAAAGAUGGACCCGCUGGACUUCGUGGUUUCCCAGGUGAAAGAGGUCUUCCUGGAGCUCAGGGUGCACCUGGACUAAAAGGAGGGGAAGGUCCCCAGGGCCCACCAGGUCCAAUUGGCUCACCUGGAGAACGUGGAUCAGCAGGCACUGCUGGCCCAAUUGGUUUGCCAGGGCGUCCUGGACCCCAGGGUCCUCCUGGUCCAGCUGGAGAAAAAGGUGCUCCUGGAGAAAAAGGUCCCCAAGGUCCUGCAGGAAGAGAUGGAAUACAAGGUCCAGUGGGUCUCCCAGGGCCUGCUGGACCUGCGGGUUCCCCUGGAGAAGAUGGAGACAAGGGUGAAAUUGGUGAACCUGGACAAAAAGGCAGCAAGGGUGACAAAGGAGAAAAUGGUCCUCCUGGUCCCCCAGGUCUUCAAGGACCGGUUGGUGCUCCUGGAAUUGCUGGAGGUGAUGGUGAGCCAGGUCCCAGAGGUCAGCAGGGAAUGUUUGGACAAAAAGGUGAUGAGGGAGCAAGAGGUUUCCCAGGACCUCCUGGCCCCAUAGGUAUUCAGGGUCUGCCUGGCCCACCUGGUGAGAAAGGUGAAAAUGGAGAUGUUGGUCCUAUGGGUCCACCUGGUCCUCCAGGCCCAAGAGGUCCUCAAGGCCCCAAUGGAGCUGAUGGACCACAAGGCCCCCCAGGAUCCAUUGGUUCAGUUGGUGGUGUUGGAGAAAAGGGUGAGCCUGGAGAAGCUGGAAACCCAGGCCCCCCUGGGGAGGCAGGCACUGGUGGUCCUAAAGGUGAAAGAGGAGAGAAAGGAGAAGCUGGCCCACCUGGUGCUGCAGGACCUCCUGGUGCUAAGGGACCACCAGGUGAUGACGGUCCUAAGGGUAACCCGGGUCCUGUUGGUUUUCCUGGAGAUCCUGGCCCUCCUGGGGAACCCGGCCCUGCAGGUCAAGAUGGUAUUGGUGGUGACAAGGGUGAAGAUGGAGAUCCUGGUCAACAGGGGCCCCCUGGUCCAUCUGGUGAAGCUGGUCCACCAGGUCCCCCUGGAAAAAGAGGUCCUCCUGGAGCUACGGGUCCAGAGGGAAGACAAGGUGAAAAGGGUGCUAAGGGUGAAGCAGGUGCUGAAGGUCCUGCUGGAAAAACUGGUCCAGUUGGUCCUCAGGGGCCAGCUGGAAAGCCUGGUCCAGAAGGUCUCCGGGGCAUCCCUGGUCCAGUGGGAGAACAAGGUCUUCCUGGAGCUGCAGGCCAAGAUGGGCCACCUGGUCCUAUGGGGCCUCCUGGUUUACCUGGCCUCAAAGGUGACCCUGGCUCCAAAGGUGAAAAGGGACAUCCUGGUUUAAUUGGCUUGAUUGGUCCUCCAGGAGAGCAAGGUGAAAAGGGUGACAGAGGACUCCCUGGAACUCAAGGAUCUCCAGGAGCUAAGGGAGAUGGGGGAAUUCCAGGUCCUGCUGGCCCUAUAGGUCCACCUGGUCCUCCAGGCUUACCAGGCCCUCAAGGUCCAAAGGGUAACAAAGGCUCUUCUGGACCUGCUGGUCAAAAGGGUGAUAGUGGUCUUCCAGGACCUCCUGGGCCUCCAGGUCCUCCUGGAGAAGUCAUUCAGCCAUUACCAAUCUUGUCACCAAAAAAAACAAGAAGACAUACUGAAAACAUGCAAGCAGAUGCAGGUGAUAACAUUCUUGAUUACUCAGAUGGAAUGGAAGAAAUAUUUGGUUCUCUCAAUUCCUUGAAGCAAGACAUUGAACAUAUGAAGUUUCCUAUGGGUACUCAGACCAACCCAGCUCGAACUUGUAAGGAUCUGCAGCUCAGCCAUCCCGACUUCCCAGAUGGCGAAUAUUGGAUUGAUCCUAACCAAGGUUGCUCAGGAGAUUCCUUCAAAGUUUACUGUAAUUUCACUUCUGGUGGUGAGACAUGCAUUUAUCCAGACAAAAAAUCUGAGGGAGUAAGAAUUUCUUCAUGGCCAAAGGAGAAACCAAGAAGCUGGUUUAGUGAGUUUAAGAGAGGAAAACUGCUUUCAUACUUGGAUGUUGAAGGCAAUUCCAUUAACAUGGUGCAAAUGACAUUCCUGAAAUUGCUGACUGCCACUGCUCGGCAGAAUUUCACCUACCACUGUCAUCAGUCAGCAGCCUGGUAUGAUGUGUCCUCAGGAAGUUAUGACAAAGCACUUCGGUUCCUGGGAUCAAAUGAUGAAGAGAUAUCCUAUGACAACAACCCUUAUAUCAAAGCACUGUAUGAUGGCUGUGCAUCCAGAAAAAGCUAUGCAAAGACUGUGAUCGAAAUCAAUACACCGAAAAUUGAUCAAGUACCUAUCGUUGAUAUAAUGAUCAAUGACUUUGGUGAUCAGAAUCAGAAGUUUGGAUUUGAAGUUGGUCCUGCUUGUUUUCUUGGCUAAGACGGGGAAAAAGAACAUAUGAAAUCAACAGAAAAUAUACCUUGGUGUCACCAACGCAUUUUAUGCCACAUGCAAGUUUUGAAUAAGGAUGGUAUAGAAAACAAGUUGAUACAUAUUUAAAUACCAAUUAAGAAAUGUUGAUGCCCUGGAAGGGGCACAAUAGCAUGAGAAAAGCUUUUAAAAUUCAAAAAACAAAGAUAGUGUGGCUGAGAUGGAAAUAGGCCUUUUCUUGAUUCCCAAUUUUCAUUCCUCCUUAUUUCUAUUUGGAUUUCUUUGGUGCUGUAGAGGAAAAAGAAAAAUAUAAAAAAUAUAUAUGUUCACAAAAAAAUGGUGCUCAUUCCAUCCCUCAAGGAUGUGCUAAAAUAGUGUGUUUAAUAAAUUGUAAUUAUUUCAUGUACAGUUCUAGACUGUUAUCUAUUUGUUCAUUCCCAAAACUUGCACGUGUCUCUGAACUUCAUUUGACUAAUUUGAUGACAAUUGCAGAAUUAUGAUGGCAAUAAAUAUAUGUACUAUGAAAAUAAAGUUUAUAGUAUCUGAUUAUUCUAAUCCCCUUUUUUGAUUAAUAAAAAAUGCCUUUGUAUAUAUUAAUGUUGAGUUCAAUUAUUUGAUGUCGUCAACAAAUUUCUUUGAGGGCAAAAACCUGGAAGAAUUUUGGAAGCACAAGCACACUUCAAUCAACUCUUCUUGACAAUAACUUUACUGCAUCUCAACCAGAAUUAUCAUGCAUUUUGAUGCUUUAAAAAAAAAAAUCCUGUACCUCAGUCUUUUCUAUUCAGAGUCCAGGAUUUCACAGGAUACUUGUAUAUAUGGAAAAUAAGCAAGUUUAUAUUUUGGACAGGAAAUAUGUAUGAGAAGCUAUUUUAACAAAUUUAUAUCAAGCAACGGUUGUACAAUGUUCUUAUUCCCUUAUCUAGAUUUUUCAGUGUGCUUCAAUCAUGCAAGUUAAUAUUAAAAAAUGGAAACUACAUAAUUAUUUAUGAAUUUGUGCAAUGUUGUAUUUUUAAUCGAUCAAUUUAAUGCAUUUGAGUCUAAGUUACAUUUUAUAAUAGUCUCAAAUAUUAUUUUACCUGCACCUGCCAAACAUAUUAUUUCUUUAUUUUUCAGGAUAAAACCAUAUAUGAUUCGCCCUACCUAAUUGCUAAGUAACAUAAAGGUAGACUGUUAUAAACAAUGUUUGUUUUAAAAGGCAUACUUAUUAAAAGCAAUAAAAAAUUUUCCUGUAAGGUAUUUUCUUACAGGUAGCUUGAAAUAGCAACAAAGUUAAAAUUUACAACUUGAACUCUGUAUCUAUUUUAAGUAAUAUAUGUAAGCCUUGAAAAUAAAUGUUUUACUAUUUUUAUUUGAAAUGUUAAAUUCAGAAUCCACUGGAGCAUAUUUCAACUGAUAAUUUAUUACAAAGAACAUAUCUGUAACAUUGAAAGUAAAACGUAAACAUUUGUUAUUCAGAAGUUCUUUAUUUUUUAAAUCAACAUUGUAAAUGUCCAUUCAAAAGGAAGAUAUGAAUAAUACAAAUAAACUCAAGUCUUGUCUA